GGUGGGUUGUCUUUCAGUCAGUCAGGAGUGACGACAGCGCAUAGUUCGUGUUCGAGGACGACAAAACCAAAACGUGGUUAACUCUCGCAACUAGCUUAAAAAAAACUUAGAUAUUUGAUCGCUAUUUCUUCAAAAACAUUACCUUCAUUGUUGUUGGUAGUGUUUGUGAUUUUGUUGGUGUUUUUCUGGCAAAAGGCUUCCCGCUACAGUUGACCUGCCUGAGGCAGAACGCUUAACACCAUGGCUGAACAAGUGAAUUCUCACUCUGCCAUGGCCAAGGCUCGCCACACCGAUGGCCUCAACGUGAUCUUUGACCGGAAAAGCCCCGGUUCUUCUCAUUCCCGCUCCCGGUCGAGGAGCAGUUCCAGUCAUCGCAGCAGCCGCUCCUCAGGUUCUGGUCACUACAAGAGGCGAGGAAGACGUGACAGAUCAUCAUCUUCCUCCAGUUCAUCUUCAAGGAGCCGGUCCUCGUCUCGGUUCAGGUCUCGCUCUCACCCUCGCUGCCGGCGCCGAUCAUCUCGCUGUCGGUGUGAUGAACACAGAAGAUCUGGCCGGCGCCACUACCGCCGCUCCCCAUCACGUCGUUACAGAGCCCAUUCCCGCUCCUACAGCCGCUCCCCCUCACCAGACAGAUACUACCGCCGUCGCAGAUAUUCAAGAUCCCGCUCCAGGUCUUUGGGUCGCUGGAGUCGCUAUAGGAGACCAGCUGGUCAGUUCAGAAGCAGAUUCUCUCCAUCUCCAUCCCCUCCUAGAUUCUACAGGCGCAGAUCCAGAUCCAGGAGUCCUGUGCGCUCUGUCAGCUUGAGCCUUGAUGAAAAAAGGAGACUCCUUGAAGCUGCUAAGGCCAACGCCAUGAAGAUCCUUGGAGUGGAGAAGAUAGAACUUCCUGAGAGUGUGAAACCCAUCCUGUCCGAAGAACCAGAGCCCAGACCACUGUCACCAGAACCACCAUUCAGGAGGAGGCACGUUUCUGAAAGGACCGGACCUCAGGACAUUGAGGUGGAGCCUGAAGUGUCCAGCCCCAGACUGUCCUCUAAAGGUCAAAUUGCCUUCAGCUUGAAUAACUCUAUGGCCAAACCAACAGCAGUAGCUCCAUCUCCUGCUAAGCUAACUUCCAGAGUGGACAGCUAUGAAAGCAGGAAGCCCUACGGCAGCUGGAUUCCAAUCGGUUCGGGCCAAAGUGCACGCAAAUAAGCUUUGAGCCACAACAGUGUAGCUUCAUAGACUGUGUAAAUAUUGUAAAUAGUUUGUACAUAUAAUGAAGAAUUAUUUCGUGGCAUUUUUUUCUUUCAGAAACAAAAAUUUUAUGAGAAGAGGUGAACAAUUCAGGUGGGAAUUUUUCCUCUUGUAUAUAUUGUACUUAUUUAUUUGUUCAAUAAAAUCAUUUCUUCACAAGUC